UUUAUCAUUGCUGCUACAUCUCUCUUUGCCUCCACCACAUUCAUUUCGACAUGGAUCGUGGUUUGGCCCACUGGUAACAGCAAAGUCUAGGAAAGAAAAACAAGUCCGAAAAGUCAGAUCAGCAGGUGAUGCCAGAAAGACAGCCUCUGGAGACGGUCAGCUUCAAAAAGAUCCCUGCGGCUCUGAACGUAUCGGGUACUUCCACGGCGGGUUUAUCCCAAUGUUCAACUCCUUACUCGACUUGGACAGCCUCCACUUCGGUAUCAAACACUCCAUUAUCACAGCAUGUCUCCUUGGGCAUACCCAGAGAGUACAAGUCCAGUACACCACGCAGCACUCCAUUGUCUGCACAACGGAAAUCUCUGAAAGGAAGAGAUGAUUGCAAUUGUUCCUACUGUUUGCAGCCACUGCAGAACAUCUUCGAAGGAGAGAAAAUGGUGGACCUCCAGUGUGGCCACAUAAUUCAUUUCGAAUGCUUGAAGGAGUUGUUAAUCCUUCCCACCCUUUUGUCCCAUGCACCGGUUGAAGACAAAAAUGGGCAGCAGGAAAAUCAGCUAACCUGCCCUUCAUGUGAUAGCAGGACAUCCUGCACUGACGAAACUGUGCUUUUGAACAUCAAUGACGACCACAUGCAAAGCCUGUAUGAUCAAAUGCUACAUCCUGGUGAUGGGUAUUCGAAUAUAAUGGCUACUAUCGACAAUUUUAAAGUUCCGAACCUAUCAUCUGCCGAAGAUGAGGAAUACUAUUCAGGAAUCGAUGACAGGAGUGAGACAGAAGUUCCAACCACACCUCAACUGCAAGUGGGCAUGAACUUCUGGAAUCGUGAAGGAGAUAUUGCCUUACCUUCUAUCGCAAGCUCUGAUGACUCCCCACUUUUUAUAAAAGUACAAAAAUCACCAUCUCCAUUCAAGAAUAAUGAUGUGGAGUUAGCAAAAACUGUAUUUGCGCCCGAGUUCACUUCAAUCAACAUCAAUAAUCGAUCGAAGCUGGAGAUCGGAUGUGUCUUGAAUUUCUCAGUCACAAAAUUUGAAACUUCUCUCAAGUUCAACAAGAAGGAACAACUCAAAGCUCAAAUUGGGAAAAACAAAAUAACAAACAAUAUAAUCAAUAACUUUGAACAAAAAGUAAGCAAUGCAAAAAUAGAUUUCUCCACGGUCGGCAGUUUGAUAUUGUUCGAUCUGAUGGACGUGACACUAAGAAUGAGCACAUUCGAGUUAUGCCAGGUGUAUUUAUUCGAAUCAAAUCUCAUAAUUUUAAAUUCAGAGGGCAGCCAACUGUUACUCAAUCAGGAGUUGAGCUCCCAAACGUUCAUAUCUUCCAUAUAUUUGAAAGGGAAUAGUGUAAUAAUCAAUUUGAAUUCGAUAAAGCUUUCAAGUGUCAUUUUUAAUUCCGAUAACAGUAUUUUGAGAAACAAAUGGUAUGUCAUAUUGAGCAAGAUCUCUAAUAAUGCGCCUAUUGCAGAUACUAUUCCGUUAAUUCAGACUUCAACGAACGCAUGGGGUUUGAUUUCAGAAGAAGAUGAUGAUGAUGUCAUUCCCAAUGAUAUCAAAGUGUUGAAAAAGCUGACCUCACGAGGGUUAGACUUACCUUCGGGAUUUUUGAAACGCCAAAUUUUAACCCCGGAUCCAAUUCCAAUGGUUUUGAUUGUAGCUAUACCCCUAGUUAAUAGCGAAGAUUAUGGAUUAGAAAACAGCGAAUACGCAGAGGUUAUCAAAAGUAUUCUUAGCAAUGUUUUAAGCUCACUGCAUACUGAAGACAAACUCGGUGUGGUUUUCUUAGGCAAUCACCCGAAGAACCUGUCAACACUUGGUAACUAUUACGGAUGCAUAUCCAAAUCAUGGAGUGGGUGGGAAGUCAUGUUAGGACUGAUAACGGAAAGUGUAAUAAGGGAAGAAGGAGACUUAAGUGCGAGCUCCAUGUGGGAACAAGGUACGAAAUACAUCGAGCUUCUAGCAAGCAUUGGGUUUAGUAGCCAUGGCGGCAAAAAGGACAACUACUUGCAUCAGAUUAUAUGCAUUUCUAGUGAGCUUUUAAAAGAUACCAAACUUACUAAUUCUGUUAUCAAGAAGAAAAAUAAAAGGAAUCAAGAUGAUUUUUUUAGAGAGAGAAAGAAAAAUUUCCAGAAAGAAAUAAACGAAAGAAUCUCAUACCUUUGUACAGCGUUUGAUGCGAACUUUAAUCUGAUACUUCUUGCAGAUGAGUUCAAAUAUGAAGUUUAUGAAAUAUUGUCAAUGAAUCGGUAUUUAAAACAAAGGUUCCGCAGUGACUUUGAUGACUACACAUUUGACAACAAGUUUAAGAUGCAAAUUGCUUUAGAUUUCAUGAAUCUAAAGGAGAUAAUAGAUUCGCUCUUGGAAAGUUUUCAUAGUACAAUCAUCAGGGAAAUUGAAACAUAUGUUUCUUUCCCGAAGUGUAUUUCUUUAAAAAGUUUUGAAUCAAUUGGCAGUGACCAAGAGUCACAGAAAGUUGAUGAUUGUAAAACAAAUGCCAACGAAUACUGUAUCAAACUUAAGAAUCUACCUUCCGGAUAUGAUAGAUCAUUGCUAUUCAACUUAGAGCUAGAUUUGGACAGUUGUGCCAUACGAGAUCAAUAUAAGGUUUCCAUCGCAAACUCUUUGACUAAACUUGUCUCUAGUAAUGACACAUCACAACUCGAAAGCCAAGCUGACUUGAAAUUGAUUUCAAAUGAAUCUAAUCUUGAAAGCAAUAUCACUCUCAACUUAAAUCUAGAAGAGUCUAAUGAUACCGACAUUUCUUUUGAUGGGCCAAUUUCCAGAAAGUUUGGGGGUGACUUAAAUUUGUCAAUUGUUUCCAAGCUAUCAAAUGUCAGUGACGCCUACUAUAUAGGUCGAAAAAUACAAUUGCUCGUUGCAGAAAAACUCUGUAGUGUGGUAUUGGAAAUUGAAGAUUUCGAUAUUUAUGCUAAAAACAAUGCAAAAAAUGCACUUUCAAAUCUAACUCACACGAUAUGGGAAUAUUCCAAUUCGUGUAACAGCUCCAACACCAAUAACAUGAAAGAUCAGAAUAUUGAGAAAUGGUCGGAGAGCCUAAUUCAAAGGUUAGAAGAUAUUAUAGAUGGCUACUCAUUACGAAAUUAUCAGCUUUCGAAUAUGAAAUGUAUGUUUCUAUUCUUGGAUCUUGAGUAGUAGCGGUUUUUACAACUUUUUUUUGUGGGUUUCCAUCCUUGUUUUUCCGAAAAAGCUCGGAGUUGUGUGUACUAUUUGUAUAAAAAUGUUCAACCUUACUAGCGAAAAUGAC